AUAAUCUAAAAAAUAAUGAGCGAUUUGCAAGAUGUUAAUCCAUAUCCUUAAUUUGAUGAACAACAAGAAUCAAAUCACUAGAUUGAAGAACCCACAGCCUCCUAGGCAAUUCCAGUCAUUCAAUAAAAUAUUGUGUUAGACAAUAACACUCCAGCAAGAACCAUCGGAGAAGCUUCAAGUGAAGAGAGAAAGCAAUUUCUUAUUCAAAGUCUGAGAGCCUUGUUAGUGUAACAGAUGUUCCAAUUAUCACUGGCCUUGGGUUUUGCUUUUGUCGAAGAGUGGGGAUUCUGUAGUAAUUUCUUCCUUUUCCUCUUCUUCACAUUGAGUCUACAUCUAUUUAUAGCCACAUACAAAGCAAGGGGGAUGAAGAAAGAAGUAUCUAUAACAUGUUGAAUAAAUAAUAGGAAGGAGUGAUGAAGUUGUAAUGGCUAGGCUGGAUGAUAUGCUAUUCGUUUGCAACAACUCUAUUUUCGACUUUGUUGAAUGUAUUGUACUUAGGAUGGUUCUUUUAUUUGCCAUACCUUACGAUGACCUUCUUAUUUCCUAUGCUAACCCUGGGGAUGAUUAUCCAUCUUUCAUCUGGGAGUGCAUGCAUAAGUGUGAAAUGUAAAGAGCAUAUCGUAUCAAUAUAGAAUACACAGUAAUAUUCUUUGUGAUGAUCUUCUUCAUAGAUCUAUGUAUUUCAGUAUUUGACGAUGGAUUCAUCCAUUUUGGAUACCUGAUAGGAGAGGUUGUUGCAUAUCUUUAUGGAUUAUAUUUAACAUUCAUAAAUGUUUAAAUUUAAUAUGUAAGAAUUCAACAUAACCAUAAUUUAAGCCAGUCAAUGACUUGUCUCUCAACAUUCAAUAGGAGGAAACCAAGUUGGAUCAAAUGAUUAACUUCCUUGAUAGAGGCACAUCAAAAUUUGAAGUGGGUGCGAUUCCAGCUGAGGGUCAGGAUAUCACAAUGGAAGAGAUCAAGAAAUAGAGCAAUGCUCAGAGAUUGAUUAAAUUGGCCAUUUUACAAUCGUUCUGCAUAGUGUUCUAUUUGUUCCCAUGGUUGUAUUUGGUUUUGGCAACUUGGGUGAUGAUGGUGGCUCACAAGGCAGACACAAAGUUUGUGCAGAUUGGCAAAAAGCAAGAGGUCAAAUUGAAUGAGCAAUUUGUUGCACCAAUAUUAAUCAACCUGGACAUAUUGGGAGGAUUGAAACAUGCAAUAGAAUGAAUAUGUAUAAAAAUAUAAAAAGUCACUGUUAUUCGUAGAAAAA